GAAACACUGUUGAUCGUUGUUACACCUAUAUUAAAUUAGCCUCUAUAUAUUUUUUUAAUGAACUAAUAUUUUCUCACCAAUUAAUAAAACGAAGCACAAAGAGAGUAUUAAAUUCAUGUUUGAAAUGUGAGUUCUCGAGAUUUGUCACUGACAACUCUAACUAGGUAUAAUGGAAUGCGUCACUUCCUCGCCUGCCACCUGUUCGUCCCUGCGCAACAGACCAUUUAGGAGAGUAAUCUGAACUGUCAAUUCAACUUUCAGACAAAAUCUCAGCAGAAAUAUGUUUUAUUACCCAUGUGUUUUGGAGCGGCAAACAGGUUGCUUCGCCACAAUUUGGUUAGUAGAAACGUUUCUUUAUCUAUUCCCGAGAUUUUGUGAUGUUUAUUCCGACAAAGUCUAUAUUGAGUGUUAAUUAGGCCGAGUCACUCUGAAGGGGCAGACAAGCUUGUUACUAUUUGGUUACUUUUUUACAUCAAUUUAAAGUUUAGUUUUAGUCGCUUAGGCGACUUCAAAACUGUAGGUUAAAGUCACAUUUAGUAUAAAAUUCUUUGAUUUAGUUAAGAUUUAGUCAGUAGUAUUCCGUUUUAAUGGCAAUGUGUUAGUCAUAAUUUUCCGCUGGUGAAGAUGAAGAAUUAUAUUUUGAAAUCCCAGUCUACUAAUGGUUUCGUUCGACUUUUUGAAGCUCUAAAUUAAUUAGUAGGCUAGGCUCUGAUCAUUUUAACUUGUUCACAUAGUAGCCAACUGAACAAGGUCAUUUGCGCGGACAUGCCCCAAGGGAAAAACAUCAUCCAAUGAGAAAUAUGCAUGGUUGCAGUGAAUGUGUAGUACUUGCGCUUGUAGAUAAAUGCAUGUAAAUGAUUGGUUAAAAAGGUAGACUAAACAACAAAUGUUUUGAGGUUACUGUGAUCUUGGCUGUCUGCCCAGUGAUGCCAAAUCAGCAACUUUGUUGCUAGAUUUAGCCGCUUUUCAGAAUACCCUGACAACCUUUUUCAAUAUGCACCCAGUAACAAAUUUAGCUCCUUAUAAAAAGAGGAACUGUUAGCAAAUUUUGAAAAGUAACUCCAACGUUAAAAUACACGCAUUUUCCCUCUAAAUGACAAAAAAAAACUGUCACAACACACGGUGUUGGUAUAUAUAUAUAUAUAUAUAUUUUAAGUAUUUAAUAAAAUGUCUUUACUAUAGCGUAGCUAAUGUGAUAUAGGCCUACUAGUUUUUAGUAACCAGUAACUAACGCUAAUGUAUUGCCCAUGCUUAAUUCCGUGCUCAUGCGAUUUUUGCCACUCCUGUUUGUAAGGCUGGCUGCGACUAAAGGAAUCAAAAUCCAAAGAAGAGAGUUCCUCAAAGUUAACGUUAAACGGACCUGCUACUGGAUAAUAAAUCUGCGUCUGCAGCGAUGACAUCAUGGACUACGUGCUGGUGCGCGUCCCGCCGCCGCGGCCAGGCCUGCCGCGUCCGCGCUUCUCUCUGUACCUGUCCGCGCAGCUGCAGUAUGGCACCGUCAUUGUCUAUCACCGCCAGUGCGCCAUGCUGCUGGAGGAAAUCCAGAGCACCGUUGCCCGGCUAACUAAGCCCAGGACCUCCCAGAGGAUCGACCUAGAGGACCCCGGCAGACAGGCCCUGGACCAUGAUGCCCUGUCCUCAAUGGAGGAGCAUGAGUGGGCCAAUGACCCUUUUUUUGGACAGAUGCAUUCUGGGAUCUCGGUGCCCAGCCCCGGCACACUGGUGCAGCUGGACCUGGAGGUGAUGAGAAGGGUUUCUCCAGAGCGCCCCCUGCUGUCCAGCCCAGGCACGUCACCUCUAAAAGGUUUGACAGCAUCUUCAGGUUCUAUCACCCUGCUAGAGAGAGAACCUGCAUCCCUCCCCUCAUCUCAGCAGUUUGAAGGGGCGGAGCUUGCUGUGGUCACAGAUGCCGAGCAGGGCAUGAUUGAGCUGCUGAUGGACCAAUCAGAUGAUUUCCCAGAGUGGGAGACAGAGAGAGAAGAGAGACCAGAGAGAGGGGGGACACCAGAGAGAGAGGAGAGACCAGAGAGACCGAAGAGACUAGAGAGAGGGGGGACACCAGAGAGAGAAGAGAGACCGGAGAGACCGGAGAGACCAGAGAAACUGGAAAGACCAGAGAGAGAGGGGAAACCAGAGAGACCAGAGAGAGAGGAGAGACCAGAGAGAGAGGAGAGAGAGGAGAGACCAGAGAAACUGGAAAGACCAGAGAGAGAGGGGAAACCAGAGAGACCAGAGAGAGAGGAGAGACCAGAGAGCGGACAGGAAAGGCGGGAGGAGAAGGGAAAAGUGGCUCCCGUUGACCUGCAGACCCCUGUCGCUCCCAGUGAGGACCCCUCUGCAUCAGGGCUGCCCACGGAGGUGCCUGCAGCUCUGUCCAGGGAGAGGACCCCUGCAGCGGCCCCGGGGCCGAGCGCCCCUCCUGGACGGGAGAGGAGGAAAGACGUGGCUGCCGAGAGAGAGAGACCUGAGCCCCUACCGUCAGGGAGGACCCAGACCAGGAGGAGGAGGGGGAGGAGACAGCUUCUCUUCAUAGACGAGCACACCCAGAUCUCCCAGGAUGUACUGAGACGACAGCUGGACAAUCACCUCAUACAGACCCAGUCUCCUGUGUUUUUCAGCCUUCCAUCCCAGACGAUUGUGUCACCUGCUGACCUUCUCAACAAGCCUUGUUCCACCCUCCCUCCAGACCUCCUGCUGCUAUGGCAACAGGCGGCGAUCAUCAGUCCUCUGUUAGGCUCGGACCUGCUGGUGGGCGAGCGAGGAACAGACUCGGACUCGGAGAGAGAGAGGGAGAGGGUGGGAGACAGGGGCGAGGAAGAUGGAGAGAGAGAGGAGGAGAAGGAGAUCAGCUCAAAGGAGGUUCUUCGGGAGCUGGCAGAGUCUGGCCUAUCCCAGCCUGACUUAUCAGCUCCAUCCCUGCUCACGAUGGAAGUAUCAGACCGAGAGGUCACCCACGACAUCUCCCUGCUGGACCCCCCCGAGAGCCAAGGGUCGUCCGUGUCCGGGAGGUCGGUGUCCAGGAUGAUGGACAUCCCAGAGGAGGCCCAGCCCCCCCUGGGGAGAGAGGAGACCCAGGCCCCCCUGGGGAGAGAGGAGGCCCAGGCCCCCCUGGGGAGAGAGGAGGCCCAGGCCCCCCUGGGGAGAGAGGAGGCCCAGCCCCCCCUGGGGAGAGAGGAGAUGGAGUGGCUCGAGGCCCCAGGGAGCAGGGCGGAGUCGGAGGCGGAGUCGGAGGACGUGGUGGUGGCCUUUCACUCUCUGCUGCCCCCGGAGGCCGGCCGCAGAGCUGUCGCCCACUCUUUCUUCUCUCUGCUGGAGAACGUGGCUGCCAGGAGACUGAGUGUACAGCAGGAGGAACCGUACGGAGAGAUCAGGAUUACUCCUGGACCUGCCUUUACCGAGGAGACCAUGGCUGUGUGACACACACACACACACACACACACAGAUAAUCAAGUGUACAACCACUAGGAUUCCACACGUACUACAAUUUACCACCAUGCACCAAACAUUUCUUGAGAGCGUUUUCUCAUUUUUUAAAUGAAACUUUUAUAUUACAUUUUUGACCUUCCAUUGUUUGUUUGUAACAACAUAACAACUGUUAAUGUAUUUCUCUACAUUUUAAAGGUUAAGGAAACAUUUUAUACAUAUUUUAUGAAAUGACCAAAGGGAGUUAGGGAAGUUGAAUUAAAACAUUGUAUGUUUUUAGGUGUCUACCUCAUGUAUUGCUAUUUUAUCUUGUAUUUAAUCUUGACCAGGAUCUGUUUAUGCAGAGGAUCCUCUUGACCUGCUUGUUUGUGUUGCACUUGACAGCGUUUCCCUCAUUCUCAAUAAAGUUACAGGAAGU